GAAGCAAAGAUUUGCUCGGGCUCCCUGGGAUGCGCAUGCGCAGUGCGUCCUCCCAGGCUCCUGGUGUCAGCCGGCGGUGCUUUGCAGCUCCUUUACUCGCAGGUUGUGGAAGAGUCUUGGGCCAACAGGAUCUGUGGAAAACCCUAAGCUUGAAAGAACUCCACCCCCAGAGCAGUCUUGGACAAAGAUGUCCUACGGUUCCAUUGAUGGAAGUGGGUUCGGAAGCCGAAAUGCCUUCGGGGGACCUUCAAGACAAGGAUACCAACCUUUAGCGACACAGAUUGACCCCAAUGAACUGCAGGAGCUUUUCCAGGAUACGUCAGCCAGCAUCUUCCGAAUUAAUGCCAAUGUGACUUCUUUGGAACGAAGCCUCAAAUCCCUUGGGACACCAAGCGACACACCAGAAUUGCGGGAUGCACUGCACACAACACAACAAGAGACCAACAAAACCAUUACGACGUGCACAAAUGCCAUCCGACAAUUAUCUGAGGUCAUCCGAGGUUCUUCCAGGCAAGAGCGGCUUCAACUGGACCGCCUGAAGAACCAACUUUCUGAUGCCAUUCAGCGGUAUGGGACCGUUCAAAAGAAAAUUGCAGAGAAGUCCAAAGCCCUGCUCCCCAAAGGACAGAGAAGUAGGAAACAGAGUCCUAAGACCCCUUUCUCUGACUUGGCUGAUGAUGAGAAGAUCUUCAAUGGAGGAGACAGCAUGUGGCCUGAGCAGAACCAGGAGCAUGCCCUGCUCUCUGAAAUCACCGAGGAGGAUUUGGAAGCCAUCCGGCAGAGAGAAGAAGCCAUCCAGCAGAUUGAGAGUGAUAUGUUGGAUGUCAACCAGAUCAUCAAGGACUUGGCCUCUAUGGUGUAUGAACAGGGAGAGACAAUAGAUAGCAUUGAAGCCAAUAUCGAGACUGCAUCUUCUAACGUCGACUCUGCCAACGAGCAAUUGGCAAAGGCCAGUCAACACCAACGUCGAGCCAGGAAGGUGAAGUGUUGUGUCAUCACUGGCGGUCUGGCAGUUCUUCUGGUCUUCAUCAUAAUUAUCACUGUUUCUGUCAAGAAGUAAAUCCAACCGAUUUUCACAGAAUUUAGGUUAUUUUAGCGACAGAGUAACAGGAGCAUGCAGCUCGUCUGCCAGACGGCGUUGCCCACAGAUGACGCUGCCUCUCGGGAUGCUGAGCUGGGAUAAUGACAUGGCUCCACAUUUUGUGAACAGGUUCCCUGGAGACACCGCUCCUGUCUGGAGGCUUUGCAUGAAGAACCAAAAUGACCUCGGGGGAAAUAACAGCGGGUGUGCUUUGACUUGCUGGUGUUUGUUUCCCUUUGUCCCCCGUCUUGUUACAAUAUUAAAGGUAUUUCUCCAAAUAACAAAUAAGCACAAUAUUCACAACUUGCCCUUUGACUCCACGAAGGGAAAUGCUGCGCUAGCAUUUACCACUCUAUUUCUUUUUGCUCUUCCAUGGCACCCGCUUCUUUUCCCGAUAUAUGCUCAUAGACAGCAAAAAACACUGGUUAGAGGUUAAUGUUUUUCUCCAUAUUCUGCUGUGCUUGGAGCAUUUUAAUGGUGUUUUGAUGCAUUUGAUUACACUGGUUUCAGAUCAACUGAAACUCCUGAAACUUAUUGCUUGUUUUCUGAGUGACAGAGUGAAUAUCUGUUUGUCUGUUAUCAGUAGAGAUGGAUCAAUUCCUUGUCCUUUUUUGAUUUCUCGUUCCCAUCCAUUCUCUUCCAUUGGCCCCAUCCAUAUAACAUGUAGUCAUGCUUCUACAAUGGCCAACAUUGGUAUAUGAAGCAUGACCAACAUUUAUCUCUGUCUUUCUAAGGCAGUUUAGGACACUCAAUCCUAAAUCCUAUUUGUAGGAGAAACUAGAGCAGAUCCAUUGAAUUACCUGGAUUGACCUUUGUGUUAAAUCAUGUUUCAGUAAUUGAUUGCAUGGUUCUACUUUAAAUGGGAUUAACCAACAGAAUUCAAAAUUAGUUAAAAGCUGAUAUUGAAGCAAACCCGAACCUACCACCAUUUGUACAAUGUCAUAUGCAGAAAUUACUUUUUAGGUUGUAGAACACAGAUGUGGAAUGGAACAUGGAGGCCAAAUUAUGAAGGUACCUGUCAAAGAGGGCAGGUUUUCUACAUAGGGUUUAACUAAAAAAAUACUCUAGUGAGUUAGCUCACCUGAACUAUUAGUUUCCCAUCAGCAAAAAAACUGUUCUCUGUUAGAUACUGAUUGUAUUUUGCAUGUACCACUUGCCAUUUGUGAAGCUUUGCCAUAGCAUUUGCUACUCCACGAUGAUUGUUAUGUGUUCAAUAAAACCCAACUUUGAA